AUGUCCUCAGCAACUUCCACCGCUUCUUUGCCCAGCGGCCUGGCUGUCCUGACAACGUUCCCAGAUGUGCUCUUCAUCCCUGAAUUUAUAUUUGGGGGUCUUGUCUGGAUCCUGGUGGCUUCCUCGAGGGUCCCAACACCCAUCCUUCAAGGCUGGGUGAUGUUUGUCUCUGUGUUCUGCUUUGUCAUGUCCACAACCCUCCUGUGCCUCUACUUCUGCGGGGCACAUGGAGGCAGCAGCUCCUGGGUCACCUUGGAUGCCAUCUGCCAGGCAACAGCAGCUCUGUUCUACCUCAGUGCUGCUGUGUUGGAAGCCUACUUCACCUAUGCCAUCGGCUUGGCGUCUGACAACCCUCUGUUAGCAAACAUCUACAGGGAAAACAUUGCUGCUGUGGUGUUUGCAUUCUUAGCUACCCUGGUGUACGUGAUCCAUAAAGUGUUCUCACUCCUGCGAUGGAAAUCAUCCUAA